AUGGUCGACUUUGAUUCCCUGCCGGAUUUUGACUCGUUACCGCCGGUAGAGGGGAUGCCCCAAGGAUGUGCAUGGGGGCUUUUCGACCGCGAUGGGCAAAAGGAUUACCUGGGAUGCUUGAACUUGCUGACGCUGCGGGUCAAGAAGGAGGCUCUCACGGAGGCUCGCGAGGGAGUCUCGAUUUCUCUCAAUUGGCCCCUCAAUGCCAUCAAGACGCCGGGCUUUGGGCGACGAGCUACGGAACAUACAGUGAUUGACGCCCUAGAAGGUCCAUUCAAGACUCACGGAUUUGAUGACGAAGUGGCCUUCAACACCCAAGGGUCGAGCCAGUGGGACAGCUUGGCCCAUUGGGGCCAUCAGUCGACAGGAUUAUACUAUAACGGAUCGAAACCAACCAAAGCGAACUUGGUGCAGGACACGACUGAUGAAGCCGACAAGAGCCUCCCGACUCUAAACCACUGGCACGAACAUGGUUGUAUGGUCGGACGAGGUGUGCUCUUGGAUUAUAAGGCUUACGCUCACGCUCGGGGAAUCGUCUACGACUGCUUCGACUCGCACGCCAUCACAGUGGCCGAUUUGGAGGCCGUGGCCGCGUAUCAACAGACCACCUUCAAGUAUGGGGAUAUCCUCAUCGUCCGGACUGGCUUCACCGACGAACUGGGCGCCGCUACCGCAGAGGAGCAGGUCAAAAUGCUGGGAACCCACAAGACCGUGGGCGUGGCAGGCAACAUCGACACGGCCCGGUGGCUCUGGAAUCAUCACUUUUCGGCCGUGGCCGGUGAUACUAUUGCUUUUGAAGUUUUCCCUGCUAUGGUCGAGGAAGCUGGAGGUAUUCGCCAAGGGAGCAUGUCAGAAAUGGUCUUGCACAAGUAUCUCCUGACCUUCUUUGGGAUGUAUAUCGGCGAACUCUGGGAUCUCAAAGCGCUGGGUGAGUACUGCGCAAAGACGAAACGCUACGAAUUUCUCCUCUCCUCGGUCCCGCUUAACAUGCCUGGGUUGGUGGGCUCGCCUCCCAACGCCGUUGCAAUCUUCUGA